UAUGGAAAAAAAAUACUGCAAAACAGUGAGGAAGUACGGAAAUUAUUUACUAUUUAAUGAUACCAAAGCGGGGAGAAAUGGGGAGAGACUUCCCAGGCAUAAUGGCGAGUGUGGACUGCAUCCAGCGCAGUCUUGUCUCGGUUGUUGUGGCUAGUCCAUUUCCCCUGCUGAUGAAAGUUGCAUCCCAUCUGAGUACAACACUCCACCACAGCCAUUGCCACCACCACCUGCUAUCUCCAUCUCCACUGCCACCACCGUGCCAGCCAGGCCAGAGGCAUGGGAUCCUAAUGUUCAAGAUAAGUGAUUCCACUAUCUGUGGCCUGGCCAUGAACACUGUAGCCAUAAGUUCUGCACAUCAUAAAAGGCAGUUAAAAGGAUGUAUUUUAUCCCACAACGAAACAAGAAUUUCAGGCUGAUGUAGAAUGAUAGAUUGACAAUACCUUAAAUAGUAAUUUAAUUCAGACUGAUUUAAUUCAGAUUAUGGUAAUCUUUUGAUCAAAGCAAAGUUCAAAUAAAAUUUUACCAAGUUGUGAUUAGUAAGAACCAAGUCCAGUUUUUGGCAGUGUUUAUUAUAAUUAAUUGUUUUUGAUGAUUAUAACUGUACACACUCCAUUGAGCAGAUGACCACAGCUUGUAACUGUGGAUGCUUACAGCCUGGUGAGGACUUUACUGCAGAUCACCGUGUUAUGUAGAGGAUCUUUUAAUUUUACACUUGCAACUAUUAGAGCUGCCUGCUGCUGACUGUCGAUUAUGAAAUUCUCUCUCUCUCUCUCUCUCUCUCUCUCUCUCUCUCUCUCUCUCUCUCUCUCUCUCUCUCUCUCUCUCUCUCUCUCUCUCUCUCUCUCUCUCUCUCUCUCUCUCUCUCUCUCUCUCUCUCUCUCUCUCUCUCUCUCUCUUCAUCUGGCACCACUACCAUUGUUAUUUAUCAUGUGUUACAAAGGAUAUGUUGUGGGUCACAUCCAUAUGCCUGUUAUAGAUGAUGGAAAUAAUUUAUUGUGUGUGUCACCAAAUUUGGGAGCAGUAGAACAUAUCCGCUAUCAGUGCAAGAAGUUACUGAUGUAGAUCCUUGCAAAUCAGGAAUUGCUUAUGAUUUCAUGAUGUAAAUAUUUAUGCUUGGAAAUUGAUCAACACAUCUCUUUAUUUUCAGGUCUAGAUUCAGAAGCAAUGAAGAUGAACCCAGGAGUGCCCCCUUAUAUGGUGUACCACAUGCCCAUGAUGUAUGGAGGGUUUGGGGACUACAGCUACAACCCUCACUGGGUCUGUAGCAUUCCUGUGAUGCCUUCCCCUGCUACAGUAGAGGAGGGCAAGCAGACACCCUUGAUGCCAGGAACAGAUGGGUAUCAGCAGAUGGUGGCUGUUGGGGGCUGGGGACAGGGGUAAGUGGGUGAUAUGCCUCCCCAGUCGGUGCUCUGCCCACCUUCUGCAGCGAAAGGUUAUCCUCCUUUGCUGCGAGAGCCGCCGCUCCCUUUUCAACCUGAGGGCAGAGACGGAGGGAAAGAUGGCCCACCUUUCCACCACCAUCACCCAUGGGGCCGGGGCCGUGGUGGACCCCAUCACCAAGGGAGGCACCACUAUGUUGCACAUCAGUACUCAAAUAAUCAUGGCAACAACUUUCAUGCAUGUCAUUGAAAAUCUGGACCUGUCCGGGCUGGUGAAGGACACUCAUUGGCAGUGGGUGGCAGUGACAGACUCUAGAGCAGUACAUCCUGCAGGACUGGGCCAUGAGGCCACUGAAGGACACCGCUCAUUCUGCAGGAAGAGAGUGGCUGUAAGGAGCAGUACAGGAGCCCAGAGAAGGAAUGUUGUGUGGGGGAGAGAGAGAGAGAGAGUGUGUGCCAAGGUGACACCACUCUCCACCUCACCUGGGAACAUCACCUGCAACACCCUCUCAUCCCAGCCUCACCUAACAGCCAUCAGUCAUCAACUGCUGCCUUGUAUAUAAUAGUUUUCAUAUAACCUUCUGUCUUCUGUAUCUUGAAGUGAGUAAAGAAAAAAAAAAUGGAGUUGA